AAGCGCCAGUCGCCGUCGUCAGCUAAAGAUGUUGCAUCGCUUCUCGCUCGUCAACCUGGCCGCCGUGCUAGUCGUUUUGGCCUUUUCGGCCGUCCAGCAGGUGCCGGCGGCAGCCGUUGGUGGCCAGCGCAAUCUUGCGCCCACCGCCACCGUCACCAUUCUGAGCACUUCCUUCUUACCCGGAGCCGCUACCUCAACACUUUUGACGCAGAGCGCAUGCGGUACCAUAGAAGGCGGUGGUGCCAUUACGGCCUGCCGUCGCAAGCGUCAGUACUGGAUCGACGUCCCUAUUCUGAUCGCCCAGGACCCUGAAACUGCUGCCUAUUUGUACCAACAGUUCCAGCCCUCUCCAGUUUAUGCUGUGGAACCGACGCAGGUCGUCCAGUUCCGCAACGGUUUGGAACAGCCGUCGGCGUUCAUCGAUUCAUCGUUGGAUGAGGCCACGUACACACGAGCCAGUGGAGCUCUGAUCGCUCCAAUUAACACCAUCAGGACAUCGCUGCUUGCUAUUGCCACGAGCGUCAUCAACAGUUUCCUGACGCCCGUCUCGACGGCCACCAGCGUCGUCACCGGAUACUCGACGACUGUGACCAGCACCAUUUACACCACGACCAACACCUACACUUUGGCCGGAUGCAUUCCCGAGGGUGUAGACUUCACUGCUUGCUAGACGCGAUAACAAUUAUAACAUGAUAAGUUAAAUCACCCAAUAAUUAUAUGUUAAAUUACAUUUCGCAAAAGUCUGAUGUAGACGGGAGAAAACAAUUCAACAAUUGAACAAGUAUUUAAAAGAAAAUACAACCAUGUAGAGCAAUA